AUGCCCGCUUCGGUGGCGACCGUUCGACCGGACGUGGAGAGUCCUCCGUCUCUCGAGGAUGACACCAACUUCAAGAGCAGCAUGCAGAUCAACCUGGAGCCUCUCAUGGGCGACGCAGUUGGGAAUAUGAGCAUCAGCCCGGACAGUCGUGAAAUUGUUCUUGCUUCUCGCAAAGGACUUGCUAUCAUCGACUUGAACUCCCCCCUGAGCUUACCGCGAUUCUUGCCGCAAGGCGGAACCUGGGACGUCGCCGACGUGCAAUGGAACCCGCACCAUUCGCACAGCGAGUACAUCGUCUCCACCUCAAGCGAGAAACUUCUCAUCUGGAACCUGCAUAACGGCAAUCCAAGAACGUCCAUCGAGCAUGUCCUGCGAUCCCAUUACCGAGCCAUCACCGAUAUCAACUGGCACACCCUCGAACCUGACAUUGUUAUUAGUACUGGUAUCGACUCUUGGCAGUGGGCGUGGGACCUACGCACCGUACAAAAACCGAUCAUGGGUAUGUCCACUUCCGACCCAUCCCCGGGAACACAAGUCAAGUGGAAUCGGGUGGAUGGAAACCUCCUUGCGUCGUCGCAUUCCAACAAGGUCUUGAUCUGGGACAGACGAAAAGGUUCGCUACCGGUCCAAUCCAUCGUCGCCCACCGCGCAAAGAUAUACGGUAUUGACUGGGCCCACGACCGGCGCAACGAACUCGUCACUUGUUCACUUGACAAAACCAUCAAAAUCUGGGAUACUCAAAACGCGCGCCCGAGCAUCGUCAUCGACACUGCGUACCCCGUGUGGCGUGCACGAGACCUACCGUUCGGUCAGGGAGUUCUCAGUCUUCCUCAACGGGGUGAGACUGCCCUGGAGAUGUUUGUGCACGAAGACCCCGCCGAGCCAAUUGAGAGGUUCGAAGGACAUGCGGAUGUGGUCAAGGAGUUCGUAUGGCGACGGGGUGGUUCAGACAACUCCGAGUUCCAGCUCAUUACUUGGUCCAAGGACAAGACCCUCCGCUUCUGGCCCGUCGAUACCGAGAUCAUCGAGAAAGCGGGUACAACACCGACACGGACUAUGCCUAUGAUUCCGCAGCGACGAGACUCCAAAGCCUCCAUCCCCACCAGCCCCUCGACGACCGGUCUCCCACCGCCCCUCUCAGUACCCAUCGGCUCCCGGGCCAUCCUCGCGGGGAUCAGGGCACCACCCGCUCACGUCGUUCACCUCGGCCGGCGAGACUCGGCGCGACGGCGGAAGGCGACGGCAGACACGAUCCGCGCAGAGAAGAAGCUGUCGGAGACGCCGCGGUCUCGUCCGAUGUUCAUCCCCGCGACGAGCGUGAAGAGCGGCGGGACGUUGGACACGAUGAGUCGCGGGCCGUUCGCGGGCAGGAGGCCUCCGCCUAUCACGACUAUCAAAUGGUUGUCGAAUGUGAACGUGAAUGUUGGAGGUGUUCGAGACGGAAGCUCGGGAGGAGGGAGUGGAGGGGAUAGUGGAGAGGCGUCGAGGAUUGGGUCCCGGAGCAGAGGGCAGUCGGCGAUGGAACAUUCUACCUCGCAGGCCUCGAAAACUCGAGAGCGCAGUGCCAGUCGGGAACGAGUAGAAGAGGACGCCACGCCAUCGCUACAAGAGGAAAUUACCUCGGUCUGCAGCAAACUCGAUAACUCGAAGCUCAAGUUGGAGAAGGCAGAUUUCAGCACCAAGAAGCGCACCUGCACGUUCGGUUUACAAGGUCCCUGGGGCGAGUCGACGUCCGUAUUCCUGCGCAUCACGUUCUCCUUUCCGCGCGACUACCCACAAGCCAGUUAUCCUGACGGGACCCCAACGGUAGACUUGGAACGCACGCCGCUCAUUGACAACAAGCAACGCGCGUUCAUCCUUGGCAGGCUUCGUGAGAUCCGAGAAAUGGAGCGGCCAUGUUUAGAACGAUGCCUCAGAUUCCUGCUGUUCGGUGACCAGUAUGAAGACAGUCGUCGUGGCAUUGUACUGGACUCCGGUUCUUCCUCCGAAGACGAAGAAGCACCCAAGGGGAAACGGGACCCGGGACCGGCUGUACUUCGAAAAGACAAGAACCUGGCGGAGCCCAGGACGUCUCAGGGCGUUUUUGCAGCGAAUGGCCAACUCGUAUUCUUUUUCAGAGCGCCCCUACGCAUCGUCCGAAACGUCCAACAUGAGAUCUCUGUAUCCCCGUCGAUAAACUCCCGCGGACCUGACACCGGCCCCCGCCUCUUCCAGUCCCCAGCUCUUCUCUCCGACGCCGUCCGCCGACUAAGCUCCGCCGCGCAGGAUCGGGAGUCCGUCUCGAGCGAGCGCAGGCGCGGCGACGACGGGAGCAACGGGCCGAAUGUGCUCCGCAUCAUGGACAACCUCUUCACGUUCUCGCACCGGCCGCCGUACCCGCCGCCGCAGCCGCCGCAGGGCACGGCGGGCAGCCUGGGCAAGCCGCGGCGGGUGUCGGACAACUCGCACCAGGUGGAGGACAACUACUCGGUGCUGCCGACGCGGCGGAGCAGCGUGUUCAUCAAGAGCACGGAGGGCGUGCUGGGCGUGCCGGACCCGGAGGUGGCGGCGCGGUAUGUGGUUGGAGGCGCGAUGGGGGAGGUGUGGCGGAUGAAUGCGGCGGCGGCGAAGGUGCUGGGGAGGAACGACCAUGAGAGGGUGUUUAGGAUGAUGGCGGUGUUGGCGAAGAGACCCUCUGGGACUGGUCGGGGUACGAGCGGCUACGAUCCGUUGGCACCUUCUCUUGGGAUGAGAUUGUACGAGGAGAUGCUGGGAGAGAAGGAUAUUCACAUGCUUGUCUUCCUGGCUGUGUUCCUGCUCAGGACAUUCCCCAGAGAACUACCUCCGACGGCAAAGAGCUCCCUACCCGUCACCCCGUCACCCUCCAAACAAGCUCUGAGCAUGAGGAAGAUUAGCUUAGAGUACUUUGACCUUCAGAGGCCUAGAAACGGGCAUUCCGGCCCCUUCUCUCCCCCGGAUUCCGCCCCAAACACCCCCAAUCACACCCCAGGCGGCAUCCAACACCUCAGCUCGCCGUCUUCCAAGGGAUCAUGGUCUAGUUAUGCCACCAGCAUGCGGCAACUCGUCUCGAGCCCCAUGGCCAACCGGCGUACCGCGCUUCGGCAGGGCAUGGACAGGCCCUCUUCGAACUCCCCAGCGAAGUCGUCGUGGGAGUCUGACACGUUGAACUCGGGGGUGCUUCCACUCGUGUCGAGGCGGCGUCCGACGUUUUCACAGGUCCUUUCAGGCCCUUCUGUGAUUUCGGAAAAGCGAAGAAUCCUGUUCCAGCCCUCUUUGGAUGAUCCAGAGGACAUCCCGCUACUUUCUCCUGAACUGCGAGGGCAGCUCCUUGAGCAUAUAUUUGCGUACGCGGAGAUGCUCACAGCGUGGCAGAUCCUCGACAAGCGCGCGGAGCUGCUCAAGCUCGUGGAGAGUGAUAUCAAAGGCCUGUCUGGCACCAACACAAUCUCCGACACAACGUUCCACGUCUCUCCCAUUAAUUGUGAGCGGAUAUGUGAGCAGUGCGGCCACCCUGGCGACCCGAGCGCCACUGCGUGCGCCGAGUGCCGUGCCAGACUUCCUGCCCGAUGCUCCGUCUGCCGCCUUGCGAUCAAAAAACUCUAUCACGCGUGUCCGCGCUGCUUGCACAUCUCGCACAUGAAGUGCUGGAGGGACCGCGACGAUGCUGCUUGCGCUACGGGCUGCGGAUGCGUCUGUGCGCAGCCUGCAUUCGAGCCGUUUUCCAACGGGAUGAUUGUUCUGUCGCCGAUUAUGCCGCCCUCUUGCUAG